CCCCCUGCCGCUUGCUAGCUUGUGGGCAAGGUGGGCUAUCAGAACUGAUUUGGUCCGUCCUUGGCGCAUACUAACCGCACCCCCUUACCUGUCUUUCUGUUCGUCCAGAACAUCUCACCUCGUCCACAUCGUACUUGCUUGCACUUGCCCACCUACCUCUCCAUCCAUACCUACCUUACAUAGUGCCAAUUCUUUUAUCCCUUUUCCUGGCCUGACCUGCCUGCUUUGACAGUGUAGGGGGGUUUAGCAUUGAUUCACUUAACCGCCCCUCCCCAUCCGCUACGCUAUAUCCGACUUACACCCAUCCAUAUUUCCCCCACCACCGAGCAGGGGCUAAGCAAGCUCUUAUAUAUACCACUCGACCUUGCAUCGUAUUAAUACCAACCCCCAUCUUCUUGAUCAUCCUCGCCCGCUUGCUCGUUUUCUUCAACAGAGACGGGAGAAGACGGCAUAGAAGCUUAAGAUAUCUUAUCAUUAACAAACAUCCGAGCACACCUUUAUUUUUAACUCGACACACUCUACUGGGCUUUUCUCAUACAUAUUACCUUUUUGAAAAGUUCCGUGUGUCCAGGAUCGUAAGGCAUACAGAUCCAUCUUGAAGAAAAUGCGUCUGACCAAGCAAAGAUAUUCUCGUAACCCAGACGAUUUCCCCACCGUGCAACUUUUUCUUCUUGCCAUUGUUCGUCUUGCCGAGCCCAUUGCCCUGACCUCGAUCUUUCCAUAUGCCUGGGCACUUGUAAAGAAGUUUGAAAUCGGCGCCGAAGAAGAUGCCUCCUUCUACGCUGGCUUGCUCAUCUCGAGCUUCUCCCUUGCGGAGGCCUUGAUGGGCAUGUACUGGGGUGGCCUUUCGGACAGAAUUGGGCGGAAGCCGGUUCUUCUCCUUGGCUGCAUUGGUACUAUGUUCAGCAUGAUCGCUGUCGGGUUCGCAUCUAACAUCUGGAUCGCCCUAGCCGGUAGAGCAAUCGGCGGACUCCUUAAUGGAAAUAUUGGAGUCAUUCAGACCAUGGUUGGCGAGUUGGUCAGCAAGCCAGAGCAUGAGCCACGCGCAUACUCUAUUAUGCCAUUUGUUUGGUCCAUCGGCACCAUUAUUGGGCCGGCGAUUGGAGGCACCUUUGCAGACCCCCACAGCUCGUUCCCUAACGCUUUCCCCGUGGGAUCACUCUUUGAUCGUUUCCCCUACCUGCUCCCCAAUCUCCUCUGUGCUCUGAUGCUGCUCGUUAGCAUCAUCCUCGGAUACUUUUUGCUGGAGGAGACGCACCCGGACAUGCAGCCACGCUCAAUGAUGCCAGAGGAUACAUACGUUUCUGAUGAGACCCCAUUGAUGGAGACGUCGGAUGCGCUCAAGCGUCCUGCCGUGGAUCUGCGCGCUGAAACCUAUGGGACUUUCCAACAGUCAAGGCGGGAAAGCAACGUUGGAGCGGGUGGUACGACGAGGGGAGCAGCCGUCGCAGCUAUUGCCGCCGCCCAAAGGCAACAUGAGAAGCAGCAUGAUGCUACGGUGACGUCGUACAACAUCCUCAACUCGCGCAUCGUGGCCAUCAUCCUCUCACUUGCAAUUUUUACCUACCACUCGAUGAGCUACGACCACCUGCUACCAAUCUUCUUUGAAGACGAGCGAAGCCCUGGCCGUGUUUCCUCCAACGGUAUGGGUGAGGUCAGCACUAUGGCUUCUCUCCCAGACGUUUUCUUCCACUCUCCAGGAGGUCUGGGCCUGUCUCUGCCGACCGUCGGCAUGAUAAUGGCUGUCAAUGGAGCCAUUGCACUCUUCAUCCAGGCUGUCGUGUUUCCUAUCUGCGCCGAGCGUCUCGGUGUCUAUAGGCUGUUCAUCAUCUCCACUGUGCUGCACCCAAUCGCCUACAUCGUCGUGCCGCCCCUUCUGUACGUCCCGGAGAACUGGUUGUUCUCGGCCAUCUACGCCAGCUUGACGGUCCGAAACCUCUUCAGCAUCAUAAUCUACCCGCUGCUUUUGAUCCUGAUCAAGGAGGCUACGCCCAGCCCCACGAUCCUGGGCAAGGUGAAUGGUCUUGCAGCCAGCGUCGCAGCAGCUUGCCGUAUGGUUGCUCCCCCUAUCGCCGGGUACCUCUACACCAUCGGAAGUCGCAUGGACUGCACUGCCCUGGCCUGGUACAUGAGCGGCCUGGCUGCGGUCGUUGGGGCUAUUCAGUGCUUUUCAGUUACACGCCCAAUGAGCUUGGAGAAGCAGCCGGAGCAGCUUGACGAGACCUCUGAGAGCCAGGUUGGUGUAUCGACCGCCUAGAGCAGAACCAAACACACCACGCUCACGAAACGAAUUCCUCAAGAGCACGAGUUAUCCUGAAGACAGUGUGGGCAAGAAAGCUAAAUUUUAUUUAAAAACGAUGACAACGCCAAGUGACCAUUAAUUUAAGGGGGUAUAAGGGUCAAAAAUCACGAAAAAGAGAGACGAUAAUGGUGAUGUUUCACGCCAAGAUGAAUACAUGAGGCGGUGUCUACUGGUCUUUUCUCACCAACUACAUGCGUAUUGGAAGGCACGGCGUUUUUCCAAGGCGUUAAAUUAUAUUGUUAAGAGGAGUUUCAGGCGUAUGCAUUUUCAGGAGUUUUGGGCAUCUGGGUUUGAAUAGGUUUAUGUUUACCUGUUUGGACUCGAUUUUUUGCGUUGAUUGUAUAUGGCGACCAUGUUAUUUAGCCUAAAAAAAUACUGCUGGUUUCUGUGAGCAAAUGCAGCAUACAUACCUUAGAUUUGCUUAGUCGAGUCCCAAAAGUAAGAAGU